UUUCCUCAGACAAAAAACGACGUGGUUUUGUUCCAGAAUAAAAACUGUGUCGUUUCCUAUGCCGUCUCACUCAGUCACUCUUCAACCCCAAUCCAUUUCCAAACCCUACUCUCAACUCUCUCUUCAACUUUCAUCUUCGCAGCUUCAAAGGAAUUAGGGUUUCCACUCUUUUGAGGAGCAGAUGGCGUCAACUUUUACAGCCAUGUCUUCAGUUGGCUCCUUGGCUGCUCCAGGUUGCCGUGUUAUGGACAAGAAAUUUGCUUCUUCUUCAGACAAGUUAUCAUCUUCUGCUUCCAUUUCUUCGUUCUCAUUUGCUAGGAGACAAAAUGUGAUGUCACAAAGAAAUCGCUCUCCCAAGAUUUGUGCCAUGGCAAAGGAAUUGCAUUUCAACAAGGACGGCUUGGCUAUUAAGAAGCUUCAAACUGGUGUGAACAAGCUUGCGGAUUUAGUUGGGGUUACUCUUGGUCCAAAAGGACGGAAUGUUGUUCUGGAAAGCAAGUAUGGCUCCCCAAAAAUUGUUAACGAUGGUGUUACCGUGGCUAAAGAGGUUGAGUUGGAGGACCCAGUUGAGAACAUUGGUGCUAAGUUAGUGAGGCAAGCGGCUGCAAAGACUAAUGAUUUGGCUGGUGAUGGAACAACAACGUCUGUUGUUCUUGCACAAGGUCUUAUUGCUGAGGGUGUCAAGGUGGUAGCUGCUGGUGCAAACCCUGUUUUAAUUACUCGAGGCAUUGAGAAGACCACAAAAGCUCUUGUGUCUGAGCUUAAGUUGAUGUCAAAGGAGGUUGAAGACAGCGAGCUGGCUGAUGUAGCAACAGUUAGUGCCGGAAACAACUAUGAAGUAGGAAAUAUGAUAGCUGAAGCCAUGAGUAAGGUGGGUCGUAAGGGUGUGGUGACCCUAGAAGAGGGAAAAAGUGCUGAGAACAGCCUUUAUGUUGUUGAAGGAAUGCAAUUUGAUCGUGGUUACAUUUCACCUUACUUUGUCACAGAUAGUGAGAAAAUGGCAGUUGAAUAUGAUAAUUGCAAGUUGCUUCUUGUUGAUAAGAAAAUAACAAAUGCAAGGGAUCUUAUUAACGUGCUUGAGGAUGCUAUCAAAGGUGGAUACCCAAUUGUGUUAAUUGCAGAAGACAUUGAACAAGAAGCUCUAGCAACUUUGGUUGUGAACAAGCUGAGGGGUGCUCUGAAGAUUGCUGCACUGAAAGCUCCUGGUUUUGGAGAGCGCAAGAGCCAGUACCUUGAUGACAUUGCUAUUCUCACUGGAGGAACUGUAAUCAGGGAAGAGGUGGGGCUUACGUUAGACAAAGCUGAGAAGGAGGUACUUGGCCAUGCUUCUAAGGUGGUGCUUACCAAGGAUACUACUACAAUUGUCGGUGAUGGAAGCACACAGGAAGCAGUAAACAAGAGAGUUGCGCAGAUUAGAAAUCUUAUUGAGGCUGCAGAGCAAGAUUACGAGAAGGAAAAACUGAAUGAAAGGAUUGCAAAAUUGUCAGGUGGAGUUGCUGUGAUCCAGGUUGGUGCACAAACUGAGACAGAGCUCAAAGAAAAGAAACUGAGAGUCGAAGAUGCUCUUAAUGCAACAAAGGCUGCUGUUGAGGAAGGUAUUGUAGUUGGCGGUGGAUGCACCCUGCUCAGACUUGCAUCAAAGGUGGAUGCUAUCAGGGACAGCCUUGACAAUGAUGAAGAAAAGGUUGGAGCAGAUAUUGUCAAAAGAGCUUUGAGUUACCCUUUGAAAUUGAUUGCCAAGAAUGCUGGUGUUAAUGGAAGCGUGGUUAGCGAGAAGGUGCUUUCCAGUGACAAUUUUAAAUAUGGAUAUAAUGCGGCCACAGGAAAAUAUGAAGAUUUAAUGGCUGCCGGAAUUAUUGAUCCAACUAAGGUGGUUAGAUGUUGCCUUGAGCAUGCUUCCUCAGUGGCAAAAACAUUCUUGAUGUCAGAUUGUGUAGUUGUUGAAAUCAAGGAGCCUGAACAAGUGCCUGCUGGCAACCCCAUGGACAACUCAGGAUAUGGCUACUAAGGUUGAUUGACAAUAGAGCUUUCUAAUCGGCAUUAUGAGAUGCAAAGGGAAAGUGAGAAGUGCAAUCUGUGUGGUUAGCUAAAGAGAUGUUAGUUUUAUAGUAGCAGAUGAGCAGACUAACUCUUUUUUAUCUUUUUUUUUUGUAAAUUUAAUUAUUUGACAGCAAAAGAAAUAACAGUCUAGUGAGGUCAGCUUGCUGGAGUAUGGCAUGUUUUCAAGGUUUGAGAGUUAGGGCUGGCUCAUAGGCUUAGGCCAUUGCCUAGGGCCCCCAAUUAGAAAAUGGCCCCAAGUUUUGAGAGUAAUGCCAUUUACAUGAAUAAUCUUAGGCCCUUAAUGCUUUCGACUUGUGGGAGAUUUCCAGCAUGAUGAUUGUCACUAUUCUCCUUUUUGUUCAACUUGGCAUUGAAUUGUUUUUGCACAUUGCUCA